CACUGUUAAUAAACUGCCUCCCCCUCUUCCCCGCUCACGCAUUCGCUUCGUGUGAGAUUACCAAUCAGGAUCUACUUCCCGAACGCUCACCACUUCCACCGCCAUCCUGAGAGAAGGGCAGGCAGCCUAAGGCCCCCCCCCCGGCCAUUCGCGCGCAUCUAGCCUCUCGGCUCCGUAUAUAUAUACUCGAACGUCCUCCUCUCAUCUUAUCAAGAUGGAUUUGACCCCACAAUCGGCUCGGUCACCUGCUUCGCCUGGCCACUACACCUCCAACCCUCAGCAAGUCUAUGAAUAUCCAUCGCCUGCACAGAGUGAUUCUCGAUACCGGUCGACUGAUUCACUUCAAGGCCUGGGACUCUACGCAUGUCCCAUGUCAGGUUCGGCUGAUGGGAGGAGUAGCUCGGUGACAGAGGUUCAGCCUUCCACAGCUCCCAAUAACUGGCCUACAACUUCCCUCCAGCAUCGAGAGACGCCGAGACCAUCUCAACCCACGCCCAACGUUCUCUCUGCAGAGUAUGAUCCUUUUGCACCCUACCAUCCAGCAGUACCAGCCCCUUAUAGUCAUGAUAUAUAUUCUACACAACACGCUGAAGUUUCAAUAUUACCCGCUUCCCCAGUCCCCUCAGGAAACACAUCCCAACGUUCUUCUUUCUCUUCUGCUCCUGCAUCAGAGAUCUUUACCCAAGCUGGAUCCAUCCACUCCUAUACCCCGCGGAUCAAGAUGGAAGACCAUUCUGGGUAUGCGUCAGGGAACGAGUCCAUGUUGAUGAGCUCGCCGCAACUAACCAGUAUUCUUGUCACCUCGGGCAGCCCCUACCCGGGGAGUCUCGAGACAACCUUCUACCAUGACCCGUCUACCAUGGGGUGGCCAAAGCUUGAAUACACCAAUGUUCAAGACCUUCCGUCCAUCUCUUCGUUACCCAUCCCACCAUACGGCAGGCGUUCGGAAAGUCAAGAGAGAGGGCAGACUGGUGGCUCCCAGAGCCAGCGAAGUGGCCCUAGCACAAUCGCUCGUACGAGAAACCCGCGAAAGCUUACCACCAAAGAGGAUGCAAACUUCCAGUGCCAUAUCAAAGGGUGUGGCAAGCUUUUUGGACGGAGCUACAACUUCAAGGCCCACAUGGAGACCCAUGAUGCAAGUCGAGAAUAUCCAUUUCCAUGUCCCCUGAAGGAUUGCAACAAGAAGUUUGUGCGGAAGACAGAUUUACAGCGACACCACCAGAGCGUUCACAUGAAGCAAAGGAAUCACCGCUGCGACUUCUGCAGCAGGUACUUUGCCAGAAAAGAUACCCUUCGGCGACACAUGGAAGAUGGCUGCUCUAAACGCUUCGAUAUUGAAACUCUCGAUCUCAGGCCUCAGAGCUACAGCAACGAGCAAGGCUCUAUGAGGGUUCCUUCUCGUCCUCAAUCCAGACAACCAUCUUACAGCUCUUCAGCUCAUUACUCACCCCCACCUGGGAGCUGUUCAAGUCGAGGCCCGCAUGACGGCUCUCUCACGUCAGCUCCAGGCACAUUCAUGGACCGGCAGGAGUACUUGACCGGAGAAAGCAAUCAAGACCCAAUUUGGUCCAACUGAUCGGUGGUCUUAAUUUUGGCCAUGACCGGUUUCAUCAACGCAUUCCAGUAAAGCGUUGCCUUGCAGGGCCCCCAGCAGCGCUCGACAUGGAUGAGGCAGUUUGUGUACAGGAAGUUGCCAGGUCUUGGGAGCUGCUGACGGUGGCAAAUUA